CGGGUGGAUGCCACCUGUGUGCUCUUAUGAGAAGCAGCUAACAGAAAUGAAAAUAAACAUGUUUGUGUACAUCUCAGCAGAGCUUUCGUGACGGCUCGGCGGCCUCACCUGUGCUCCACACAGUUCCCUGACCGCGCAGGUGAGUUGUGUGCGUUAUUUCUACACCGCUGCCUCUGAGUGACCUCGACGACAAAGCCACUGAAAACGGUUAUGCUAGCAGGAUUCAUCACUAUCAAAAGAGACUAUUUUGUUGUGUUCUGAUUACUCUGCAGCCACUCUGAUUUCUGUCUCUGUUGUCAAUCCUCUCAGGUUUGAUUCAGACGGUCCGAUCUGAGCCGCCGUCAGAGAUUCAGCCAGAAGAGUUGGUUCAUUUCUGAGCGGUUGCUCUCGCGGGGGGAAAAACACAAGCGUAGAGUUGUCGUCAUUUCACCUGAGUAACAUGUUCCUUUUGCGAUCAAAAGGCUAAUGGGUACAGUUUGUAGAGCUUUAAACUGUGGCGUGGUGUCCCAUUCAAUGUGACUCGCUGAUCCCUGCUCUUGUUUCCACGCAGCAGAGUAAUGAGUAACAAGUUUUUUUCAUAGAAAGGGUCGCUCGGUUCUCUCCUUCGUGUAGCGAAACCCUCGCCCGCAAAGGUCUCCGCCGCAUCAUGGCCAAGGAGAGCCUGGAAUCUGGUACGUCUCUUUUCUAAACUCCAUUCUCCUCCUCCUCCAGUUGCUCGCGGCCUCUUUCUCUCCCCGUGUUCACUGCCACUGCUUUCAUUUGAAAUGAAACGUACUUCACAACAUACAGAUCCGUUUACACAAACGGCCCGGUGUCAUGUACAGGGGGCGGCAGACGGUAAGGGAUCUUUCAUGUAAAUUGAAAUUAUUCUCCCAUUGGGGCAUCGCGUUUCUUCGGCAGAUGCUGUCGCAGUGGUCCCUGCCUUCUCCGGGCAACGCAAGACUCCCCUUGAGAUCGGCACGAGCCCGCCGCGCAUUAACACACACUCACUGAAGCGCGCGUACAUGAUAAAUGAUACAUGGAAAUUAUUGUUUGUAAAAUGGUCGCCGGGUCUAAUAGUCGACCUAUCGUGUGUCCGACAGGCCUCACAUGGGAGGUGAGGGCAAACAGCCCUCGUUACCACAAACCCAGGCAGAAGAAGUCCUUCCUGUGCUUUCGCUGGGGGAGAUACGCGGACAACGUGAUCCGCAGCCACAAGUUCUCCCCCCUGACCUUCCUGCCCCUGACGCUGUAUGAGCAGUUCCAGCGAGUGGCCAACCUCUACUUCCUCCUCAUGGUGGUGUUGCAGUCUGUCCCUGUCAUCUCAGCCAUUCCCUGGUACAUCACCAUCAUCCCGCUGGCCAUCAUCCUCUCUGUGAGGGGAAUGAAAGACCUCGCCAUCGACACGGCAAGGAGACGCAGUGACGCCGCCAUUAACUCCCGACCCUGUGACGUACUGGUGUCCCAGAGUUUCAACAAAGGAAAGUGGAAGGAUCUGCAUGUAGGAGACGUGCUGCGGAUCCACAAGGACCAAGUCAUCCCUGCUGACCUUCUCCUCCUGUGUAGUUCAGAACCUCACAGUCUGUGUUACGUGGAGACAGCAGAUAUCGACGGAGAAACUAACCUCAAAUACCGGCAGGCACUUAGUGCUACGCACAGCGAGCUGACCUCUCGGCCCUCACAGGAGACGCUUGCUGCCUUUGAUGGUGUCGUGCUCUGUGAGGAGCCCAACAAUCGCCUCUACGUCUUCAGGGGCCAGCUGCACUGGCGAGGAAAGUGUCUCCUGCUGGAAAAUGAGCACAUCCUCCUGAGGGGAACAGUGCUACGCAACACCGAGUUUGCCUACGGCUUGGCCAUAUACACCGGCGCGGACACCAAGAUCAUGAGGAACUGCGGCAAGCUGAGAGUGAAGACGACGCAGACGGAGAGAGUUUUCAACCGAGUGGUGAUGGGGAUUGUUCUGUCUGUGCUGCUCACAGCUGUGCUCCUUGCCAUCGGCGCUGGCGUGUUUUCGAGCUGGGUCAUGAGCCACACGGGGGCUCUAACCCCUCUGGUGGUCGACGGCAAUCCCGUCUACGCCGGGUUCCUCAUGUUCUGGAGCUACAUCAUCCUGCUCAGCCCGGCCAUGCCCAUUGCUCUCUACAUCUCGUUUGAGGUGAUCCACUCGGUCCACAGCCUGUUUAUCAACUGGGACCUGGAGAUGUACUGGCAGCCGGCGGACAGACCGGCCCAAGCCAGGAAUACCUCACUGAAUGAGGAGCUCGGCCAAGUGGGAUACCUGCUGAGUGACAAAACUGGGACACUGACACAGAACCGUCUGCUCUUCAGACAAUGCUGCAUAGCUGGGGAGAUCUACGGUGAUGCAUCGGUCAGGGCCGAAGAAGUCGAGCCCAUGGACUUGAGCUGGAACCCGUUCUCCCGCGGUGGGCUCUUCAUGACGGCUCCCGGCCUGUUGGACAAGCUCAGAGGACGCCGGUGUCCCUUCAGCACGGAGUUCCUCAGAGCGCUGUCUCUAUGUCACACCGUCAUGGCCGAGUGGAAAGAAGAGACUCCGGUCUACCAGGCCGCGUCCCCAGACGAGGAAGCGCUCGUUGGGGCAGCCAGGGAGCUGGGCUGGGUCUUCCUCUCCAGAACAAGAGACUGCGUCGCUGUCUCCGAGCUGGGUGUCACUCGCCAGUAUCAGCUGUUGGCACUGCUGGACUUCACCAGCAAGAGGAGACGCAUGUCCGUACUGGUGCGGGAGCCGGAGGGCGGGUUAAAGCUGUACAGCAAAGGGGCAGACAUCGUGAUCCUGGAGAGACUGCAGAAGGACUUGCCGUACCAGGAAGCCAUUGAAAGAGCCCUGGAGUCGUUUGCCCAGGCCUGUCUGAGGACUUUGUGUGUUGCGGUUCGAUCCGUUUCCGAGGCGUCGUGGGAGCAGUGGAGUAAAACUCUGGACCAGUCUGCUGCCAUGGCGACCGUUGACCGCGAGGCACUCCUGGAAAAGCUGUACGAUCAGAUGGAGAGAGAGCUGCAGCUCAUAGGGGUGACGGCGAUAGAGGAUCGGCUUCAGGAGGGCGUUCCUGAGACUAUUGCGCUCCUUAAACAGGCCGGCCUUAAAGUAUGGGUACUGACUGGGGACAAAAAAGAGACUGCUGUUAAUAUCGGGUAUUCGUGCAAGCUACUGGAUCCUGAGACCAGAUUAGUGGAAUGGCAAGAGCUGAGACAGAUCCUCCAGUCCCCGGACCCGGAGCUGAGUUUCUUAAAGGCCAGACAGACGGAGCUGUGGGCUGUAGACAAGCAGGCGGCCGGAGCAAAGACGGCCCUGGUGCUCACCGGACCCGAGCUGGCAGAGUUUGACCAGAGGCCAGAAUGGGGGGCCACAUUCAUGAGCCUGGCGGAGCGCUGUCAGUCGGUGCUCUGCUGCCGUGUCACACCCGGACAGAAGGCUGACGUCAUCACGUUGGUCAAAAAACACACCAGCGCUGUCACCAUGUCCGUGGGGGACGGUGCCAAUGACGUAAAUAUGAUCAAAACGGCUCACGUCGGGGUGGGAAUAGCAGGAGUGGAGGGAAGUCAAGCAGUGCAGAACGCCGACUUUGCGUUGUCCCAGUUCAGGUUUCUGCAGAGGCUGCUACUGGUCCACGGACGCUGGUCCUACCGGCGCAUCUCUCUCUUCCUGCUCUACUUCCUGUUUAAGACCUGCGGCUUUGCUCUCGUGCACGUAUGGUUCGGUUUCUUCAAUGGCUUCAGCGCUCAGUCGCUGUAUGAGACGUGGUUCAUCGCUCUCUACACUGUCUUCUACACGGCCUUCCCCGUUAUGUGCCUGGCCUUCUUUGAACAGGACGCGAGCGCAGAGAGCAGCCUGAAGUGGCCGGAGCUGUACAAGACUGGGCAGAGACAGGAGCUCUCCAGCCCCCUCGUGAUGUCCUCGUCCCUCCUGUAUGCGGUCUACACGUCGCUCGUCCUCUUCUUCAUCCCGUUUGGAGUUUACUACGACACGGACUACGACUACCAGACAAUGGCGCUCACUGUGGCCUUGGCAGCCACGCUCACCGCCACCAUCGAGAUUGUGCUGCUGACCAGAUACUGGACAAAGUUCAACGCUCUGGCUGUGUUGGUCUCUGUGGUGCUGUUCUUCCUCUGUACCAGGAUUACCCACGGCUCCUUCCUGUUCCGGAAAGCACCCCAAGACUAUUACUUCAUCGGUGUGUCUGAUAAGGCCUUCAUGGAUCCCCUCGUGUGGCUCGCAGCUCUGCUCACUACUUGGACGGCCGUCUUGCCCUCGUUCACCGCUCUGGCCCUCCGAGUCGUCCUCAGCAUGCACGACAAACACAGGGUCCACAGCGCGUCCCGGCAGCCGGUGGAGCUGAGGGCCCAGUGGAGGAGGGGGGCGCCUCUACGCCGCUCCUCUCACGCCCUCUCUCGGGGGGGCGGGACCGGCGUCCGCAGCACCGUGCCGACGGUGGAGGAGAUGGUGGCCCCGCCCCCCGGGUCACGAGUAAAUUCACGUGUACAACAAUAAUCAAAAUGAACAAAUGCAUUGUAAUAAAUGAAUAGAAAACAAUUUCGAUAUCUUCUAUUUUUGCUGAAAUUAAAUUGAAAAAAUGAUUCUUCAUGUGUUUAUACUUAAAAAACGGUUUUGGGGGAUAAUUCUGGGUAGAGCCUAAAUGUAUCUUUUGUAUUGCUACUUUUUACAAUAAAGUAUGUGAUGUAAUAAAAAAAAUA